AUGAACCUCCUGCUACUACUCGUGACCACCUGCUCCGCCGCUGUCUUCCAGGUGCCUACCACAACCUCGGGAUCUUUUCGGGCCAAACUGAUCCGGGAGGGAAAGUACUCGAGCUUCUUAGCAUCUCGCCUCCAGCAGCUCAACACCGGUUCUCAACCACUGUUGGGCUUCUCCGAUGACCCGUGCAUCGGGAAUAUCACCAUCGGGUCCCCGCCACAGUCAGCGUUUGUUUUCAUGGACACCACUUCAGCCAACUUGUGGGUGAUGGGCUCCGCGUGCACCUCAGUGAAUUGCAAUGAUCCUCUCUUAGGGAUCAUCAAGCAUAAGUUCAACACAACUAAAUCAACAAGCUUUGUUAAAAGUAAUCGCAAAUUUAAUAUUCAAUAUGGAUCAGGCGAGUGCAGUGGGUACCUGGGAACGGAUACUGUUGAGAUUGGAGGACUGAAAAUUCAGAAACAAGAGUUCGGAGUUGCAAACAUUGUUGAUUAUGAUUUCGGAACUCGGCCUAUUGAUGGAAUUUUCGGGCUUGCAUGGCCAGCACUAUCCGUUGAUCAAGUCACUCCACCAAUGCAGAACCUCGUCUCCCAAAAUCAACUGGACGCUCCGAUAUUCACAAUUUUCUUUGAUAAACGGGAUCCAGACUACUAUUACCCAUCCAAUGGACUUAUCACCUACGGAGGCUUAGACACCAAGAACUGCAAUGCAAAUAUUUCUUAUGUUCCGGUAUCUUCAAAGACAUACUGGCAGUUUAAAGUUGACGGUUUUCAAGUUGGAACCUACAAUCGGACUGUUAACAGAGAUCAGGCUAUAAUGGACACCGGAUCCUCCUGGUUUGGCUUACCAUACUCCGUUAUAGCCGGGAUAGCAACACAGACUAACGCCACCUGGGAUUUGUAUGCCAGUGUCUACACAGUCCCGUGCUCCACUAUGAACUCACUGCCUGACCUUGUCUUUACCAUUGGAGCAGAAAAAUUCCCUAUCAGUGCUCCCGAGUACGUUGAGGAUGUUGGCCUAGACGAUGGAACAUGUGCCCUUGCCAUGUAUGGAAUAGACGCUUCCGGCUUUGGACCAUCCGUGACACUCGGGAAUAUCUUUAUUCGUCGGUAUUGUAGUGUAUUUGACGUUGGGAAUGCGAGAAUCGGAUUUGCCGAUGCUAUUCACCCAAAUAGUGUGAUUUGA